CAACGGGAAGACAACCACCAGGCUGAGAAGAUGGCCAGCCUCGGGGAAACGAACAGGCGUUGAACUUGUGUGACUGAUAACACAUUUUGUCUCUCCUACAAGACAAGCUUUCCCAACCCUCUAUCUCAACAACUGUCUCAAUCACGCCAUAAACUGCUUCGUCGCCAUUCCCACCUGUUGUUUGUUUCCCUGUGCAAAACAUCCGCGACGUCGACUUCCAUAACUCUCUUAUUACGACUGUUGCCUCCCUCUUCCUCCUCCCUUAUCUCUUCCACAGCAUCGAUUGCGCCAUCAUCUCACACAGCCACCCAUGAGCAGAGAGAUUGGAAUUCCCUCACCGCUAUAUUAAAGUUCAUACUACAUCAGCAAGGCCUACAUAUAUCGAAGUCUGCUGGCAAUUGACUUUGGAUCUUCAUACCUCCGAUCAACUCAGCACACCGUGGUCAGCCAUGUGCCGCUUUUUGGUCUACAAAGGAAGCGAUGAGAUUUUACUGUCAAAAUUGAUCCUCGAUCCAUCCCACUCGAUCCUCACACAGUCCUUCGAUUCCAGGCUGCGGCUGGAUACUCGUCGACCUCACAACGGCGAUGGCUUUGGAAUUGGAUACUAUACAGACCCGAAGCUAGGCCCGGAACCUUGCAUUUUCACAUCGACGAUCCCCGCAUGGAACUGCAUUAACCUCCAGCGCAUUGCUUCAAAGACUGCCUCGCCACUCAUAUUCGCCCAUGUUCGCGCCACGACGGAAGGCUCUCUCAGUGACGACAACUGCCACCCUUUCCGUCAUGGAAGCUUGAUGUGGAUGCAUAAUGGAGGGUUAGGAGCCUGGAAGUACAUCAAGCGUCGGUUAGGGGAGCGGUUGGCCGAUAAAUGGUAUCUGGGUGUCUGCGGUGGUACCGACAGCGAAUGGGCAUUUGCUCUCUACCUUGACACCUUAGAGCGAAUGGGUCAUGACCCAAGCAAUCCUCCGGAGCACGGGUUUGGACCAGGCAUCCUUCGCCAGGCAAUGUUGAAGGUUAUCAAGGACAUCAACCAGUUCAUUGCAGAAGUCCCACCAAAGUUGAUCGUAGAAGAAAAGGUGGACACUCGCAGUCUCCUAAACUUCGCUGUCACAGAUGGCCACAGUGUUAUUUGCACGCGGUAUGUGAGUAGCCAGACAGAUGAAGCUGCAAGUCUAUACUACUCAUCUGGAUCGACGUGGCACGACGAGAAGAAGGGCAACUUCCAAAUGGACAGGCGUGAUAAGGGAGCCGACAUUGUGCUUGUUGCCAGCGAGCCACUGACUUUCGAACGAGACAAUUGGGUAACCGUUCCUACCAAUUCGACUCUCACAAUCCAUAACCAGACUGUCAUGGUCCAUCCGAUUAUCGAUGAGAACUACAGUCAAAAUCCCGCUCAUAAGCGUUCCGCACAGUUUGUCGCCGAAAAAGGUCUCACUACAAACCCAACAAGCAAGCCUUGCACGGAAACUGGUACAUCCACACCGUCAUCCGUUUCAACCUCCAAAGCAACUUCACCUUCGGAGUCCUACAACAAACACGUUUCCCUUCCUGUUUCGCGGCUCAAUGAGUGCAUGUCAGGGCUAUCCGUGCGAUCUCUCUCACCUGAGAGUGCAAGUGACAGCGGGUACCGGCCAGUCUUAUCCGGCAGAGACCCAUCAAGGCCGCAGGAGCAGGGAAACAUCAAGAAGAAGCGGGUCAGCCUGAUAGAGAUUGAUCCCCAGGUUCUCAGAGAUGCAGACCAAGACUACCAGUCUCUUGGGUCGCAGUCACAGAGGUCAGGGCGAUUAGGGAGUGGAAACACAAGCCCUAAUCCGGAUAGAACAAACUAUGGCAGUGCUGCCAAGAUUACACAGUACUUCCCGGAGCUGUCAUGAGGGAUAUUUUUCUGAAGCGUCUUUUGUUUGAUUAUGUUUAGCGCGUUGUCAAGGGUUCGCAAGGGAAAGUCGACAGGCAUGGGGCUUUGGAGUUUUUGUGGCGUGUCUUUCAUGGCGGAUAAACGUCUUCGGUUUGCGUGUAUUGUCACUGCAAAUAAGGGAGAUACAGUCAAUCUGGCAGUUUGCCAUGUAGUUCGGCACAAGAUAUGGAUGGUUGGAAGGAAAACAUGGUGUUAUGUUCAUACCCUCUGUUUUAUCAUUUCAAAUCAUUUCAAACGUGUCCUCUCCAAUGAGCGGCUGACACACUCUAGUCCUUCUACAGAAUUAUAGAAUAUA